CAAGGACCCAAACGGUUCUCCGCCAGUGGCUCGACCCUGUUUACUCCCCUUCUGACGUUAGGCCCAAGUCCUGCGCAUUCCCGGUAAAAGAUUGCUCCUGGCUGGUCGGGACGCCCUUAAAGGAUGCCCCUGGUCUCGUGGGAUGGCUGAUAGAUCAGCUUCUCCUGCAGCUUCUAUCUAUUGCCAACUGUCCCUCCUCCACCCGUCUAAAGUACAUAUAAACUGCCCACCAGUUCUCCCCUCUCCCGUACCCUGGUUAUCUCCGCAUCUUCCUGCUUUCCCCGUUGACCCGAGGUUGGAAGUUACCCUUCAAAAGAACUCCCGGCCCCCAGAUCUGGACCAUCCUGCGCUCUGCACUUCAUUUUCAACCAAGACCUACCUGUAUCAUACCUCAUUCUACAUAACAUGUCUGGAAACGGCAAUGGCGGUGCUCCUCCUGUAGGACAGGAGAACAUCAACACUGAUAUUGUCACUCUCACUCGGUUCCUUACGGAGGAACAGGCCAAGGUUCCAGAGGCCACCGGUGACUUCACAUUACUCUGUCACGCUCUUCAAUUCGCCUUCAAGUCCAUUGCCUACUACAUUCGUCGCGCGUCACUGAUCAACCUGACCGGUUUGGCUGGUUCCUCCAACACCACUGGCGACGAUCAGAAGAAGCUUGACGUCAUCGGAAACGAUGUGUUCAUCUCCGCAAUGAGGGGCUCCGGCAAGUGCCGUCUUCUCGUUUCGGAGGAGGAGGAAGAGGCCAUUCUGUUCGACGAGCACCCUGACGCCCGCUAUGCUGUCGUUUGCGACCCGAUUGACGGCUCUUCUAACCUUGACGCUGGCGUUUCGGUUGGCACCAUCUUCGGCAUCUUCAAGCUUCCCGACGAGGUACUCGGUGCCCAGAACAAGGUCACUGCCAAGGAUCUCCUCCGCCCCGGCACCGAGAUGGUCGCCUCGGGCUUUACCAUGUACGGCGCCUCCGCACAGCUGGUGAUCACCAUGCGCAACGGUGGUGUCAACGGCUUCACCAUGGAGAACUCUCUGGGUGAGUUCAUCCUGACCCACCCGAACAUGCAACUACCCGCGAAGCGGGCCAUCUACUCGGUCAACGAGGGUAACAGCAUGUACUGGGACGAGUGGGUGAACAAGUACUUCCACUCUUUGAAGUUCCCCGGCGAAGGCCAGAAGCCCUACAGCGCACGUUACAUUGGUAGCAUGGUUGCAGAUGCUUACCGAACCCUCCUCUACGGCGGUGUCUUCGCCUACCCGGCGGACUCGAAGAGCCGCAAGGGCAAGCUGCGUAUCUUGUACGAGUGCGCCCCCAUGGCGAUGCUCUUCGAGAAUGCGGGCGGUUUGGCCGUUAACUCCCACAUGGAACGCCUCCUGGAGGUGGUGCCGGAGCACAUUCACGACCGGAGCGGAGUAUUCCUCGGCUCGAAGGACGAGAUCCAGAAAAUCAUCGACACCUACAACCAACACAAGAAUUAAGUUGGGCGCACAGUGUAGCGGCACUAGGGUGGAAUUUUAUGGCUCACGGGAAUGAUACUUAAUGCGAAGUCUGCCAGUGCGUCCAGCAGGGUACCAGGUGACACCCUUCGCACUGGCAUGUCAUUUACGAACCACAUAACUAUACUGAACUAUUAAAAUGCAAAUAAAAAUUCAAUAAUC